UGCUCCACCAAAAACAGUACAGCGGCGCGAUGACGUUUAGUCGAUUGUCUUACUAGUUGCUAGGUUACUCACUACAAAAGAACACGCAUACAAGUGCCACAAAAUCAUGAGCCGAAACACAAUCACAUGUAAGGUGUUUGGGUAGAAUAUCUCUUGCGAGAGGUGAUAAAUGUUGACAAAGUUAAUGUGUUACUCGCGAUAAUGCAGACAGAAAUUGUCCAAAUUGGGACGAAAUUAAACCCACAGGAAUGGAAGGCCUCAAACUACGCGCACUAUUUCAAUUCUAAAAAGGAGCUCGAGCAGUCGAAGCUUCUUAGGGAUGCGACCCUUCAUCUGUGCGGGAAGGCAGCAGAAAGAUCCCGAAGUAAUCAACUGAAUGUCACAAGGAAACUCGAUUCAAGGCUUCAAAAUGUUUCAUCAUGGAAGAGUAAUGUUGACAAAGAGAAGCUUGCAGUUGCUAACGAGAUGCAAGCGCUUCGGUAUCACAUCAGCCUUUUGAAAAAUGCACUGAAUGCCACAGAAAUACCCCUGGAAAUUCCGAAGAAGGCGCUGGCUGUCAGGAGAAAAAGAACAGGUAGCGAUCUGGUCAGGGAUCAAGUGGAAAUCGAACUUUAUAAGGAGAUCGAGUUGAUAAGCAGUGUUCAAGAGUCAUUAAGACGCACAAUAGAGCAAGCAAUGAAUCAAUUCAGGGACCUUGAAUCUUGCCUGAAGCGCCUCCACAAGGACAGUACUGACAAGAGAUCUGCUAUGUACAAAGAUAAUACCGCUUACAACUUGACCAACAUGUCUGAGUUCUUGGGAUACCAUAAACACGCAGUAGAGUAUGACCCCAAUGCUGUAAGUCCAACUGAAUGGGAAGCAUAUUCGGAGAACAACAUUGCAAAGGCCCGCAGUUCAAGAUCAUUAUCAGAGAAUUUGCGUAAGAAGAUACAAGAUUUGCUUGGAAAAGCGUUUCAGCAAUUGAAUGACCAGAAUGCCAAAGUUCAGCUUGCAUUUGGAAAGAGGAUAACUGAGACUACAAAUGCUAAGAGGCAGCUUGAGAUGCAGCACAGGAAGAUACUUGGAGAAAUUGAGAAUAUGCAUGAUAGCUUGGAAAUGUUGGAGAAACAGAUGGCCGAUCUCCAGACACACAUGAAGGUCAACAAUACAAGGCUUGAGCACCGAACAUGGCGUCCGAACAUCGAGCUAUGCAGGGAUAACCCUAAACACACCCUCGUUUCUGAAUAUCAUUACAUUGCUGGUGACAUCUCAGCAGUAAGAAGGAGGUUGAGUGAUACACGUAUGGCCCUUGAGCGCUUAAACAACCGCAAAUGGGAGUUGGAGCAGGAAAUAAACGUGAAAACGUUCACCUUGUUCAUUGAUAAAGAUCAAUGUGGUAAGCUUCGAAAGCAGAUGGAUUGGCGCCCUUUUAUGCAGCGGCAGACAGGAACUUUGAUGAGCAUACAGGAUAGACCAUUGUCAUCCCCAGUCAGGUAUUCACCAAAAAAGCUUUCCAUUGACAGCUUGCCUGCCUCACGGCUUAGUGCAAGGGGACCACUUCUUACCUAUUGAACAACAACGUUACAACUGAAGUAGUUGGUUAGGUACUUGCAUUAAAAAAGAAACGUUGCAAUCUUAACCAUUCAAAUGACACUAAAAAUAUCUUAUGAUAAGCAUCAUUUUAGCAUGUCAGCUUUGAAUAAUAGAAGAAGGCUGGAGAAAACAGUCUUGCUUUGGCAUAGGGCAAGAUUGUCUAUCACUCUCCUUCUUGAUCUCACGGCAUUGCAAUCUUCUUCUUAACCCUAACCUUUCUAGUUGAUCAACGUUAACUUUUCAUAAUUGUUCUACGUUAACUUCUUAUAAUUCUUAUGUCUUAAUCCAUAUGCCCUUGAACCAGUACGAGUAAACCUUUGUCGAACUAACUGGUUGUAAGUUCCUUUUUUCUGCUCAAUAUAGCUGCAAUUAUAGACACUUAAUCUAUCGCUGUCACGUAGUUUGAUUGUGUUAUAUAUAGACGGGUCCAGCCGUCCUUAAUCAUCACUGCCGAUGCAGUGAUGUUGCCAUUCGAUUGAUCAACAGUAAGUAACCAACUGUACAAUUAAGACAUUAAGUUUUAUUUUCACGUUUUACAUGGAAUAAAAUUUUUCAUUUUAAGCAUGAUUUAGCCUCUUACAAUCAUUAUUCAUUUCA